AUGCCCUUUAUCCGCAGCUGCGGGUUCCAGACGGAAUUAUGGCGCAAGAACGGACUCGAAAGUGCCACACUAGAAGCCGGGACGGCUGCACCACCUGCAGGAAACGCCAUGUGCGGUGUGACGAGACAAGGCCCUUCUGGUACGUCGAGCCCCAAUGGCAUCGAGGCAUCCCUGCCUGAUCGGAUCAAAUACACGAGUGUCAACUGCACCCAUCACGGUAGAGUCUGCGAGUACCCGUCCACGGUGCCUCUGAGAGAACGCCGGGCAAAGAAGCUCCCUGGCCAGCAGCAGCCGUUUACCCUUGGCUCGUACCAGUAUCUAGACUCGGAGAUGGCACAGGAGGACCGGAUAGGGCAGACAUCGCAGUGGCUCUCGGUAUACUCUCUGGAACCAAUCUCGAUCUCGAUGCCGCUCAGGUCCCGGGAGCUUCUGAAUUACUUCCAGCAAACAAGCGAACACGACUUGAAGUCACUUCUCGCAGACCAAUGGAAACAUACUCUAUCCCUCACUAUAAACGACCCAGAUGCCCUACGCAACACUUUAUUAAUAGCUGGCCUGCACUACACGUGGAGGGUGGGUGACAUGCGUCGGUAUGAGCAGACAUACCUGUUCCACAAGGUCAAGACAAUGCAACAUGUGAAUGGAAGCCUGACAAACCCCAAUUCCAACGCCCAAUUCGUGCAUCUUGUUUGGGGGAUCUCUACGCUGUGUCUAACUGAGUGUUCGUUGGGCAACACCUUUACUGCUGAAACGCACCGAGAUGGCCUCGUAUCUCUGAUGGACAUCAAAUAUCCACGAACCUACAAAGAAAACACACCAAUGUCACACAAUGAGCAACUUGCGUAUCGAAACCUCAUCUACACCUGCAGCAUACUGCACAGCAUCAAAAGCCGCAUCGAGGGCAGCAAAAAGCUCCUCUGCCACAUCAAACGCGGCGGAGGGGCAGACCUCCCCAAGCUAAUCUCGCUGCUCAAGCAGUGGAACACGCAGGGCAUCGGCAGCAUAGACAUGAUCAUGAAAGCCAUGCUCUUCAUCCCUUUCUUCCAGGCAUCCUCGGACGAAAGCGCCUUCGGCCCUGUAGAUGCCUCGUCCAUCAUCACCUCUCUGCGGAUGCUGACCGCCUCGGCGUCGGCUCUGCCGUCGCUCAGCCCUGAGCAGCUGGCCAACGAUCCAGGCUGGAUCUGGAUCAACGGGGCAGCUUCAAAGCUGGCCUUUGCGCUCGUGAGCUCGCAGGUCAAUGCGUUUCCACGACGCCAUAAGGACGAUGGGGAUGAAGUAUUCAUCUCGUCAUGGGGCGGGAUCGCGACAGCUUCGGAGCUAUACCUCGACUGCAUCCUGGGGAUCUGGAAUGCAGGCGAGCCGAUUGAGUGCCGUGUGCUGAGGAGGAUGAUGCUCUUCCUCGCGCAGGACCUGCAAGAGACAAUCCAAGAGGUGAGAGACCCUGCCGCGCGGGAUCUCUGGCUGUGGAAGACCAUGGUCGGUGCCUGCGCCCUGGCCAGGUAUGCGCAUCGCAGCAACGACGACGGGACACUCAGGACGCUUGUCGGGACGUUCCAAAGCUUCCUGCUGAUCUGGAGCGAGAAGACCUCCAUCGUGGAGUGGGCAGAUGCUCAAUCGAGACUGGCCAAGGUCGCAUGGCCAGUCAUGCAACACGGGACUCAUCAUGCAGGGGAAGACAUCUGGCAUGAGACGGUCCAAUUGAGCAGGCUAAUGCAAGGGGGACCGACGCGGCAUGGCAAUGCGGGAAAGGGGGAAGAUGCGGGAAGCGUGAUCAUGCUUUUUCUUUCGUCAUUACUCUGA